GAUAAGUAGACAAAGGCUAUCUACCCCAGACUAAAUAAGCUUGCUCUUAAGCUCGCCUCGAUUGGCGGGAAAAGGCUAGACUUCCACGUAAGCUAGUAAGGGUAGCUACAGAUCGAGUUCUCGACAUACACUUGGAACUAAAGUCCCUACCUACUCUAUUCAAUCGAAAGCCGCUUCCAAUCGAAAUGUUGGCAUACCGCCCCUGACGUCCUCCCAAGAGACUUCUGCCAAGCAACCCCGGCUGAUCCGUCGGUCGCUAACAUCUCCACGCGUAUCCCCCUAUGCGGAAUCACACAUAAGCUAGCCACUCGUAGCUAUAAAGGAACCCUAUUGCCCAUCUACCUAUUUCUUAAACCUCCGGUAAUACCUAAGCAAGCUAUGACCAUGGAUCGCGACCAAGAAAAGGGAGAACUCGGCGUCGAGGAAGUUGAACACAAGAAGACGCAGUCCACAGAUACCGUGGAAGAUGAAUUCACCGAGCAGGAAGGAAAGAAGAUCAUAUGGCGAGUCGACCGCCGUCUGGUCACCCUGGUCGGGCUCUUGUAUUGCAUCAGUUUAAUGGAUCGGACGAACCUCGCCGCCGGCGCUGUCUCUGGAAUGAUCGAAGACUUGGAUCUCGUCGGCACGCGCUACUCACUUGUUAGCCUCGUAUUCUUCAUUACUUAUAUCUUACUUCAGCCACCUUCCACCGUCUUCGUCCGUAAGAUUGGCCCACGAAUUUACCUAUCCACGAUCAUCUUGGCGUGGGGUGCCGUUAUGAUUGGUUUCGGGUUCAGUCCGUCGUUCCAAGUUCUCCUCGUCCUGAGACUCCUUCUUGGUAUCUUCGAAGCCGGUUAUUUUCCAGCCUGCGUCUACUUGCUGUCAACAUGGUAUACACGAUAUGAGAUGGGUAGAAGAUACUCUGUUUUCUACCUCCUUGGUUGCGUAGCCUCUGCUUGCUCUGGCAUCCUUGCAUUCGGUUUGAUACAAAUGAAUGGCGUUGCGGGGCUUCCUGGUUGGAGAUGGAUAUUCAUCAUGGAAGGUAUUAUUACCUGCCUUCUUGCCAUGCUCGGAUAUUGGCUUCUAGUCGACUUCCCUGAUUCUAAGCGCAAAUCAUGGCGUUUCUUAAAUGACCGCGAACGCGCAUGGAUCAUCAGGAGAGUCAAGGCUGACCGUGGAGAUACCGAGGUCCCCAAGUUUAAGCUAAGUCUAUUUUUAAGGGGCGGUUUAGACUUGAGAGUUUGGGGGUACGGACUGGUUGCUUAUUGUACCAACACCAUGACUUAUUCACUCGCCUAUUUCUUACCACUUAUUCUCCACACGAACUUGGGGUUCGGCGUCGGCGAAUCCCAAUGCCUUAUCGCACCUCCAUACGCAUUUGCCGGUAUCUGGAUGUACUGCAUGGGCUGGAUUGGAGAUCGCUACCACAUCCGCGGCCCUAUCGUGAUCACCAAUAUGAUCCUCGCUCUUAUUGGCUUACCUAUCCUCGGUUGGCAUCAUAAUGACGGGAUCCGUUACUUCGGAGCCUUCCUUGUAACGGCUGGUUGUAAUUCAAAUAUCCCGGGGUCAUUGACUUAUCAAGCCAAUAAUAUUCGCGGGCAAUGGAAGCGUGCCUUCUCCAGUGCCUUAUGGGUUAGCUUUGCUAGCUUAGGUGGCAUCACUGGUAGCUUAGUCUUCAGGUCUCAAGAUGCUGCUACCGGGUAUAAGCCAGGUCUCUGGGCCUGUAUCGCUUGCUGUCUAUUUGGCAUACUUCUUGUAUGCAUCUUAGAUUUGUCAUUCUAUAUCGACAACAGGAAAGCGGAUAGAGGAGAAAAGGAGUUAGAAAUAUCAGAUGAGGAUUAUCAGCCAGGCUUUCGCUAUACAUACUAAGCAGAGAGGAGUUCUUACCUACCUACUUAAUCGAAUUAAUAAUUUUGUAGCUUUAAUAUCGUAUUUAACCCUAGAUAGGGAUCAUCUGAAAAAAUAAUUAUUAGGUUAUGUGUCUGCAUAAUAUCACGUCGUUAAGAGCCACGCUGCUUAAUGAUUAGAUAGGAGGUUAAUAUGCCGCCUUGUCUAGAACAAAUUUAGAAGUAGGUAGGUAAAGGUGUAUCAGCGCUCGCUCAUGCGCCACGAGCUAGUGCUA